AUACCAUAAUUAAAAUGGAAAGAAAAAUAGUAAAUGGAUAGAUUUGUACGAUAAUUGGUAAAAGUAAGUAAUCAUAAUUGUAACGUGUAGGUCAAAUAGGGAAGUAACUUAUAUUGGUGAGUGCAGAAAUGGUAAAAGAUAUGGCUUAUGGCAGAUAUCUAUUAGUGGAAAUUAAAAUAUUUAUGAUUUUCAUAUAAAUUGAAAACUUACAUAGAGGAAGUGGAAUAUAUGAUGAGAAUGGUAUGAAAAAUGGUAAAUGGGUAGAUACUGAUCAAAAAUGGUUCAAGUUAAUUUGAAAUGUUAUCCUAUAUAGAACUUUUCAUGAACUUACUAUCACUUUGAAUAUCAAAAUGGUACUAAAAUUGGUAUUGGGAAAUAAAAAUGAAUGAGAAUGUUAUCCAGUAUAUUUAAUA